CGACAAUCCGGGUGUCAAACAAAUUCCAUCCUCGUAUCGUUUCCAAUUCCUUCUCCGCGAUCGAACAUCGACACCGUCCUCCUUCGCUGGUUCGACUUCUCCGCACAGAAGAUACAAAGCACAACACAACACGCGACAAUACAAUACAACACAAUACCAUACCAUACAAUACCAUACACGACACGACACGAUACAACACUCCGUUUUCUCACGCACGGACCGACACGGACCGCGUUCGGUCGUCGUUUUUGGGUCCCCUCCGCCAUGAGCCGGCCGGCCCUCUCCCUUUUCCGGCACCCCCGGAGCCUGCUUGGGCAACGAAUCGCCCGGCCCGGAUCGGGUGGCCACCGGGCGGGAAGCGGAAGCGCUCUCCGGCGGUGGCGCGACGGAGGCACAAGCACGCAAACGCCGGAAGCGGAACGGAGGAAGCACCUUCAAACGCGCUGCCUCGCCACCACCCACCGGCGGGCCCAGCGGCAGAAGCAGAAGCAGCGGUCCAGGGGGGGAGGAGGGGAGCGGGCAGGCCCCGGGCGGCCGAAGCGGUCCGGGGGCCAACCGCACCGGCGACGCCGGGAGGAGCCCGAGCUUGCAAUCCGUCCCCCGCGGAACUACAUGAAGAAACUCCCGAAACCGAGCGAGCAGGAGACCGCCGUUCCGCCGGUGUUCCUGGCGCCCACCGCCUCGCCCUUUGUCUACGUUUCCAAGGCGGCCCUCGGCGACGACUACGCCAACGGCGACAGCGACGGCGACGACGACGACGGCGACGACGACGACCCGGAGCCGCCGCUGGACCCGUCCACCCUCUUUUCGGAGGUCUACCACCCUUCCACCGGGGCCCCCGUGCCUCCCCCCCUGUUUGCGCAGGGGGAGUUUUCCUAUUUUUCUCCGAAAAAGGACCUCGGCUACGAGUACCCCAAGCACGGGGCCCCGGAGGUCGCCUUUCUGGGCCGGUCCAACGUCGGCAAGUCCUCCCUGAUCAACGCCCUCGUGCGCAAGCCCCUGUGCCUGGCCUCGCGGGUCCCCGGCCGGACCCGUCUCCCACACUACCUCGGCCUGGUUCCGAGGGGAGGCAAGGGGCCCGCAGGGGGCCGCCCCGACCCGGCCCUGGUGAGCGGCUUUCUGGUGGACCUCCCGGGCUACGGCUACGCCAGGGCCCCGGCCCACGCCUCGGAGGCCUGGCAGGCGGACACCCAGGACCUCCUGCUGCAGCGCUUCCAAAGGGAAGGGGUCCUGAAGCGGGUCUUUCUGCUGGUCGACGCCCGCCGCGGGGGGGAGGGCCCGAGCGAGAACGACCGCUUCGUCCUGCGGUGGCUGGAGGACGCGGGCCUGCCCUACACGGUCGUCCUCACCAAGGCCGACAGGGUGGCCGUCGAGGCGGUCGUCAGGCAGGCCAACGACUUUUGCCUGCGGCACGCCUCCUUUGGGGCAAGGGGGGGAGGCGCCGCCCAGUCCCCGGUCGUGCACGUGACGUCCGCGGCGAAGGGGUGGGGGAUCCACGAGCUCAUGCUCUCGGUCGAGGCCGAGUUCCUGGGGGGCGGGUGAGCCCGGUGCGGCGAUGGCGAGCGAGCAACGAGCCAACGAGCCAACCCACAGCGCGGCCCGGAGGGGGCCGAAAAUGGGGGACGGGCAGCUGGUUUCGAGGCCGCCGGAAUGCCCUGCCGUGCCGUGCCACGCCACACCGGAACCAACCAAACGACUGCUGUCCGCAGCGUAGUUCAGUAGCUAGCUAGAACGAGUCGGGUGAUGGUAGCAACUGUAUUGCAUUGUAUUGUAUUGUAUUGUAUUGUAUUGUAUUGUAUUGUAUUGUAGAAAAAUAUUUCUCAAAAGCUUUCGUGUUCGGCACACUCUACAAGUUAGCACUCGUACUCGCAUUUCUGCUUGAGAAAACACAACAAAUAGGCGUUCCCGCAAUUCAAUAGAAGAGGUGCGGUAGGUACCGUAUGGUCAUAGACCAUAAAGAGUAUGAAUACGGCACUCGUUCGCAGCUUCGUCUUGGUUCUCCACCUGCGCUGUACGAUACCGUACACUGUACAGUGAAUCGUUCUAGUACGGCACGUACGUUCGAGCACUAUUGUAGUUCCUUACGAAAAGGAUUCUCUUCUACGGUAGGUAUUUACGUACGAGUACCGUACAAAUCAGUCGUCUAGUACCGUACACAGAUACUGUACAACGGAUGGAGACGCAUCUCAACGCGUCCAAAAAGUCUUCGGUAGGUUUCACACGCAACAUUGGAUUAAAGGAUGUGCGGGGUCAUUAUUAUCCUUCGGAUCUUCUGCGGUACGAACGGUAGGAUUUGAUUUCGGUGGUGCGCGUUUCUCUCUUUCCCAAACCGAACGAAGAUUGUCGCACAGGCCGGAGUGCAGCUACGACAGAAACGCAAGACCCAGCUAGCCCUUCGCUGCGACUCACACCGGUUUCCAAACGGAGCACCUUGUUGGGAACCGACGCUAUUCUUUUGUUCCAUCGAUUGAAACCCCGACAUUCGACGACAUUUUCCAGAGCUACAGCAGGAACGACCGGAUUCUGCAGUUGUGUUCGGUAGCUUGUUUCGUUUUGUUCCAUUCGAUUUCGUUCCGUUCCGUUCCCUCCCAUCCGAUUCCCUCCCGAUCCAAGGCACCCUCCCGCCAACGAUGAUCCGUAUCACCGUCUCCGACCCCCGCAUCGAGGAUCCCGACACGAGGCACAGCUUCGCCUCGUACCUGGUGUCGACGCCCGAGGGGAACUCGGUCCGGCGCCGGUACUCGGACUUUCGCUGGCUCUACCACCGGCUCCAGACGGAGGUCCCGGGGGCCCUCGUUCCAAUCAUCCCGCACACCCGGACCCUCCUGUCGUCCAAGAAGUUCACCCCCGAGUUCCUCGAGGAGCGCCGGAGGGACCUCCAGGACUUUUUGCUGGCGGUGGCCCGCCACCAGGAGCUCUGCCGGGCCCCGUCCAUGACCCCCUUCAUGCUGCUCCCGCUCGGCAAGGACUUUGACGACGGGAAGAAAACCGUGGAGCACGCGGUCCCCACGGAGGCCACCAAGUGGGCGGAGGAGAUCGCCGGGACCUCCGAGCCCGCCAGCAAGGCCACGGUGGCGGCCAAGGGGAUCGGCAAGCUCUUUUCCAAGAUGCGCCUGUCGUCGGGCUCGCAGGAGCUGCUGACGACCCCGGACGAGGCCGAGGUCGUCGCCCUGCACGCCUACGUCUCGGAGGUCAGCGAGCAGGUCAAGAGCCUGGCCAGGGCGUCGGAUGCCCUCGUCAAAUCGACCCUGAAGAACGCCGAGGCCCACCACGAGCUCGGGAUCCCGGUCGGCCUCUGGAGGACGUCCUACCUGCAGCAGCAGCAGCACGGAGAUCAGAACGAGGACGCCAAGAGUGCAAUGGCGGGCAUCUGCAGGUUUUCCGACGAGAUGGCCACCCUGCUCCGGCAAAAGCACAAGGAGGAGGAAUCCCUCUUUGGCCACGGCAUCCACAAGCUGGCCAACACCGUGUCGGCCUUUGAGAUCGCCCUGGGCCAGCGCAAGAAGGCCCAGGUCGCCUACACCCACUCCAACAACAGCUUCCUCGAGAAGACCGCCGCCCUGGAAAGGGCGCAGAAGGCCCCGAAACCCCCGGAGGUGACGGACAAGCUGGCCAGCGAGCGGGCCGAGCUCGAGGCCCGGAUCGAGGCCGACCGGAACCGCUUUUGCGAGGUCACCCGGCGGCUCCUGAGGGACGCCGAGGCGCAAAAGCCCGGGCUGGUGGGGAUGCUCCGGGACGCCGUUCUGGCGCACGCCCGGGCCCAGGUCUCCUACACGGCCCGCAUCCACGAGGCCUGCCAGCGGAUGAUCCCUUCCCUGGAGGCCCUUGGCGCCGGAAGCCCGCCCCGCCUUCCGUCGGCUCCGGCGGAAGCAGAGUCCGAGAGCGGCCCGCCCCCGCCGUCGGCUCCUCCGCCGCCGCCGCCGAGCGAGGACGGCGAGAGCUAGGCAGGGACCGCCAAUGAUGGCGCGGCGUGGCUCCGCUGGGCUGCUCUUUCCACGCGGCGCACAGACAUAGAAGGGUAGCUGUAAACUAACUAUAC